UCCAUACGACACUCGAUAAUUUGCUAUAAUUAUAACGAGUAUCGAAAUGUGAUAUAAACUUUGACAGCGAAUUUUAGGGUUCUUUUUCUCCGUGGUUUUUGCGAUCAAACAUGGCACCAACCCCUAAGAACCAAAAGGGUGAUAAGCCCGCUGCCGCCAAAAAGGCAGAACCUACAAAGGCUACCGCAGCCGCCGCCAAGGGUAAGGUUGAAAAACCCAAGGCUGAAGCUGCCAAGCCCGCUGCUGCCACCAAAAAUGUAAAGAAGGUCCCUGAAGCCGCUAAGGAAGUUAAGGCUGCCGCCACCAAGGCUGCUCCAGUCAAGAAGGACGCCAAGGCUGCCGCUCCAGCCAAGAAGGCUGCUGCUCCUGCCAAGGAAGCUCCCAAAAAAGACGCUAAAGCUGCUGCCAAGCCCGCUGCUGCUGUACCAGCCAAGAAGGCUGAAGCUGCCAAGACUGAAAAGCCAGUUGCUGAGAAGGCCGCUAAAGCUGUAGUAACAAAACCAGCUGCCGCUAAACCCAAAAAAGCUGCUGUUGCCUCCGGUAAAGUAGGUAAGAAGGCUGUUUUGCGUGGCAAGGGACUCAAAAAGAAGAAGGUGUCUUUGCGUUAUGCCAUCGAUUGCACCAACAUUGCUGAAGAUAACAUCUUGGACGUUGCCGACUUCGAAAAGUAUGUUAAGGCCCGCAUGAAGGUUAACGGAAAAGUUAACAACUUGGGCAACAACGUCACUUUCGAACGUGUUAAGAUGAAGUUGUACGUCAACUCUGAUGUCCAUUUCUCCAAGGCCUACUUGAAGUACUUGACCAAGAAAUACUUGAAGAAGAACAGUUUGCGUGAUUGGAUCCGUGUUGUCGCCAACGAAAAAGAUUCUUAUGAACUCCGUUACUUCAGAAUCAGCUCCAACGAUGAUGAAGAUGAAGAUGCCGAGUAAAUUAAUGUUUUUUCUUUUUUACUGAAGUGAUAAAAUAACAAAAACUUUUUGUUAAAAGUUUUUACAUAAUAAAAUGAGAACUUUUUUUUAAAGUUAAAA